AUGGUUGUCCCACGCUCCCUCUUCACUCUUCUCGCCAGCGCAUCGCUCGCCCUCGCUGGUGUAGCACCGCGUCAGGAUGAUGCUUCGCCCACUUCAACAGACCCCGAAUGCGCGAUCGAGAAAUUUGAGGCCCUUGCCUCGUCCAUUGCUCCCGAAAUCACGCCCCCCGCCAAACUCGGAGAAUAUAUGGAGACAGCCGCCGAGAUUGUCAGCGCAAUUCGCACCAUCAGCCCCUCCGACCUUGGCUUGGGCUCGGAUGAAGAAGCAGACAUGCUUUGCGGCCUGGAAUAUGGUCCGUACGCCAGUAUCAGGCCCACCGAUUCCGCGAUGCUGAAGGUCAUGACGAGUUGGGAGGCGCAACGCUCGAGCGCGCGCGACAAGUGGUCUAGCACUGUACACAGUCUUGCGACGCAUUGCGGAACCAUCAACGGACAUGCGGCUGGCUAUCUGAUGAGCAUGGUUGCAUCCAACUAUGAAGAGUGCAGGACCGCUAGGAGCAUUUGGAAGGAGCUGACUACUGUCAAUCAGAAUGCCGCUGCUGCUACUGGCGCGACCAAGACUCAUGGGAAUUCCGGCGGCCAGGACGAGACAGCAACACAGACGGGAGAUCUUACUGCGAACACAUCAACAUCUACAUCUACUGCUGGGGCUUGGAAGGGAAUGGAGACUGCUGGUCCGAUGGUGGCCGUUGCCGGCAUCAUCGCCGCGGUCGUUGGACUCUGA